AUGGUCUCCAAGCGGGAGUUCGAACAAGAUAACAGCACCCUGCUGGACAAAAGUUGGGUGGAUGCGAUCCUACUCACGUUCCCGCAGGAUGCGUUCCCGAUCUCUAGGGAGACUGAAGUGACUGGGAAUGUCGGGGUUGAGACGGCGGUCGAAAUCGUUUGCACGCAUUGCUACAUAAAGGGUAGGGCCACUUCCAAGUUCACCAUCGACGACGGCGACUUUGACUUUGGCCAAACCAUCGCCAACUUCACCAAGGAUAUUGGCGAAACGAUCCUCGACAUUGGCGAACAGAUCCUGGGGAAUGUGACUCAAUACUUCACGAAUCUCUUUGACAACUUUGACGAUGGGAUUGACUUGGAGGACUUUGCCUUUCCGCCCAUGGAGCUCGAUUUCAAUGUGGAAGUUGCCGAAAUCCCCGAGUGCCGUUUGGACUUCAAAUUCGAGGAUAUCGAGUUGUAUCUCAGCAUCAGCACGAUUCUGUCUUCCAGUGCCACGUAUAACCUGAAUCUCUACACAUCCAACACGCCUAUCGGACUCUCUGUGGGGAGGAUCUGA